UCUAUAGGGAUUCCUUGGAGCCUGACGUCAUCACUACGCGACGAGAGCGAGACGCGUCGCCGGCCGCUGACGUCACAGGUUUUGGGCUGUAGGAUGAUCGGGAGGCUGGCACCGAGCGGACGUCUCUGGUGCUCUUUGUAGGACACUUCGAUGGAGGAAGAAUUAAAAUCCUUACCUCUGGAGAACGCAUCAAUCCUUUCUGAGGGUUCUCUUCAGGAUGGACAUCGAUUAUGGAUCGGGAAUCUGGACCCUAAAAUCACAGAGUACCAUCUGUUAAAACUACUACAGAAAUUUGGUAAAGUGAAGCAAUUUGAUUUCCUGUUUCACAAAUCUGGGCCUCUGGAAGGGCAACCACGGGGCUACUGCUUUGUGAACUUUGAGACAAAGCUGGAAGCAGAAAGGGCUAUUCAUUGCCUCAAUGGGAAAAUGGCCCUGUCUAAGAAAUUGGUUGUGAGAUGGGCACAUGCACAGAUAAAGAAAUAUGAUAAUUAUAAAAGUGAAAAGGUCCUGCCAAUAAGUCUGGAACCAUCCACAAGCACAGAACAAACUCAGUCCACCCUAAGUGUCAGUGCGAAGAUUAAAGCAAUCGAAGCAAAACUGAAGAUGAUGGCAGAGAACCCAGACCAUGACCUACCCGGCCAGCCAGCCUACUCUUAUUUUAAGGCUUCUGAGAAGAAAAGGAGCACACCAUAUUCCAGAACGUCAUGGAAAACGAAGCGAUGACAUCACCGAUUCUCCCGUUUCUUACGGAGCUCCUCAGACUCUGAGCACACCCCCCCCCCCCCCCCCCCUCAAUGUAUAGACCCUGUAAUAUUGUUAAUCCUAAUAACACAGACCUCAUGAAAUCCUUUUCCUUGCAGACUUACAUUUUCCAGAAUGGAGAGCAGAGAUUGGAUGGUUGGUGGUCUUGCAUUCUCCUAUGUGUUAUUCUUUUAACUAUAUAAACAUUUGUUGUGUGUGUUUUUAUUUUAUUCCUAAAAAACAAACAUACAGUACGAGAUGUAUUAUACUACUUUUUUUUUUUUUUUUAAAUACCGCAGUCUGCUAUUCUUCCUGUCAACAACAUCUGAAAUCUUUUGCACCCCAUUAUGGGUCAGUGGGCUUUGGUGAAAAGCGGAUCCUUUUUAACCGCCAUGGUGCUAGUGUGAACAGAAUCUUAUAGGAAUUGACAUCCUGGAGGAUUUCUAGAAAAUGUGCAAUUGGCUGGAAACAGACCGAAAAGUUCACUGGUUUCAAGCAGCGUUCACAUAAGAGUCUGGAUCAAGCCAUAAAUUAUGACCAUAGGAGCGAUUGCGUGUAAAUAACGGUGCACAACACUUCCAGAUUGGUGCAACGGCUCUAGUAGCAAUCAUGAUAAUUGCAAACAGGACCUGGCACAUGAAGUAUUUGAGCAAUUUUCUUCUAUAAUCUUAACAUAACUGCACAUUAAACUGUAAAGUUCAGUUAUUAACUAAAUCUUGCUUGGCCCACCAGUUCUUUAAUCUGGUGGGUGGAGGGUGAAAAGAGACAGGUCCAUGGCCAAUCAGAAGAGCUGAUAGAACACACUUUGUUGUACAGUGAUCCCUCAACUUACAAUGGCCUCAACAUACAAUAGUUUCAACAUACAAUGUUUUUUUCUGAAUCAUCGUAACUUGAAACCAGACUCAACAUACAAUGCUACGGACAGUCCAGAUCUGUGAAACGUGUCACAACUGGAGGAACUGACCAAUCAGAAUGGGCAUUUUACUGGUAAAUCACCUCUAUUACUGAAGUGCCUGCACUGACUGGUGUCUGGUAGCGCCCCCUACAGUACAGGGAGGAACGACAUGUUAUGUACUACUCCUUACCUGUGCCAGGGUUAGCUGCUCCUUAAGACACCAAGUAAGGGUGGCUCCAUUUGGGACACUGUGUGUUCUGUAUAGGAUCCUGAAGAAGCUCCUGUCCUCUACAUAAACCAUUGUUUCCCAACCAGGGUGCCUCCAGCUGUUGCAAAACUACAACUCCCAGCAUUGCCGGACAGCCAACGGCUGUCCGGGCAUGCUGGGAGUUGUAGCUUUGCAACAGCUGGAGGCACCCUGGUUGGGAAACACUGACAUAGACAGUGAUUUACAUCUCCCAGCAGAUCUUUCUUUCUUUUAUAUGUAAGGAUUUGCUUUAUCUGUAUUAGUUAUCUACUUAUUUUUCUUUAAUCCUCACUUUUUCCUAUUUUUUGGAUGACAUUUUGGGGCUUCAGAACCAAUUACCAGGUUUCCAUAGAGUUAUGGUCUCAACAUACAAUGGUUUCAACUAGAGAUGAGCGAACUUACAGUAAAUUCGAUUCGUCACGAACUUCUCGGCUCGGCAG